AUGACUGGAUCUUCCAGAGCAGAGAUCAUCGAGCAAGAGCCGAUUGGCGCUAGAAUGGAUGCCUUCCACGCUAAGCUAGCGAUAACAUGCGAGGAUUUAGGGCUCCCAUACUCUCGCAAGAGUAUAUCACUGGACCUGGUCGUCGCCUUGCAGGCGCUUCCUGCCUCCCGUGUAUUACCUCCCGUUGCUGGACGCCAAAACCUCCUGAGUGGCCUCAUAAUCCUAACCUCGAGAAUCAAUGCCAACGAAUUUCAGUUUGAAAAUCUGAUACCACUAUUACAUGCGAUCCUUAGCUGUGAGUUGGAUGACAGAAUCUGGGAUAAGGUCUAUGCUGCUGCGGCAGAAUCCACCCCACAUCCUCAUCCCGCGUCGUACUUCAAGCACAUUCCAUAUUCACAUUCCAGCAGCGCCAGCCCAAAUUUGAAUGAUCACGUUGCUAAUAUUGAUGCUAUGCUCGAGGAGGAAUUAGGCUCAAUAUAUACCGAUGUUCCCGGAUUCGACGAGGCAUACUUUGGAGCCGUUGAGGGUUCCUUUCGUCAUCAGGUCUCACAUGCAAUGGUCUUGUUAUUGUUCGGUGGUAUCCUAGCCUAUGGGAAGCAUGCUGGUGCCAUUAUCAUACCUCCCUGUCUAAAUGUUUGGGCGUUCAUCUUCCAUGUUAUUGUUCAUUACGGAAAUGGACAUAGCUAG